UACAAAUUGAGUGAAACCAGACAGUUCACAUAAUGGAAAAGAAAUUUUACAAUAAUAACAUGAAAAAUAGAGGAUAUGAAAUUAAUAAUUAUUAUUUUUUAUAACAAAAAAUCAAAAGGACAUGUUAUUUAUUCUAUUGUAUAGAAUAAACGAAAUUGAAAGAUUUUUAUUAAAAUAUUUAUUUGAGUAAAAGAAAACCAAAAAUAGAAUAAAUCAUCAAAAUAAUAAGCUAUUUGUAUAAAAGAUUUUGAAUAUUGAACAUUUUAAAAUAUAUUUAGAGGAAAUUACAUUUCAUUUGCAAAUAUUUUUUUAUAAUUUCUUAAAUUUUAUUAGAACAUGUAAAGAAAUUUAAUCUAAUCAUCCAUCCAUCCAACCAUUCGACCAUCCUCCUCACAACAUUUCAUCAUCAAAAAUAAACGUAUAAAAAAAACAUGAUCACUGCACACACUGUGGGACUUAAUGGAAUCAUACUUACAAACAAAAACAAAAACAAACAUACAUUUGUAAAUUUCUCAUCAAAAUUCUAUACAUCAUCCAAAUAUAAUUUUCAUAUAAAUAUAUUUAUCCCAUAUUGGGUAGUCUUUUGGGUGUCGACACGAAUAACAGUAAUGAAACAUCACAAAAUAAUACCAAUAAUGAUCUCAUGCAAUCGUAUGGUUAUUUAAACAAUAACAACACCAUACUAACCACCACCAAUACCAAUACUGCCACAAAUGCUAAUAAUAACAACAAUAACAGCAGCGGCAAUAAUCAAGCCACGUUGAAUCCGCAUACCGGGACAACAAGUGCUCAAACAACACAAUCUAUACUAAUAAAUGCUUUAGCAGGAGGUCCCUCCAUAUUGGAACGUGGUGAUUAUAUGCAAUGUAAACAUUGUAAACGUUUCUAUAAAUCGGUGCAAAAACUCCAAGAACAUGUACGCAAAUAUUGUCUCAAAGAAAAGAAAUACAAAUGUGUUUCAUGUGAAUAUCGUUCCCGGCGCAAAGAUCAUGUACUGAGACAUGCUAGACGUAAACAUAGCGAUCUAUAUGAACAAUAUCGUGAUGAUGAAGAAAAUCUUUUUGUUAUACGCACCGAAGAGGAGGGAAGUUAUGAGGCCGAUGUUGAUUAUGAGGGGCCAAAUGAAGACUAUUUAAUACCGGCUGUUUCGAUGGGUAUAGGCAGUAGUGGUGGUAGUAUGGGUUUUGAAGGUCAUAGUAGUAGUGUUGGUAUUCCGUCUGCGGCUGCCUCUACUAUGCAAUCGAUGGGCUUUAAGUUUGGUAGUCGUGAUUUGAUUAUAACCGCAGUUCCUGUUCUACAAGAAAGUGAAGAAGAUGAUGAUGACUAUGAUGAGGAUGGAGAGUUCCUCCUCCACUGAAAGUUAUUGGACUAUAGUAGAAACUGUACCCUAUACUUUGGCGAAUAGUCAAACAAAUGGUGGUGGCACAGCAGCGGUCACUAAUGUUAUUAGUGCUCAUAGUCAUCAGCAACAUCAUCAAGUGCAGCAGCAUAAUAAUACCAAUAUACAUCA